CAGUGCGCAGGCGCAGCCCGGGUGACGAAGAUGGUGCUCAUCAAGGAAUACCGUGUGGUGUUGCCAGUCUCUGUGGAAGAGUAUCAAGUAGGGCAGCUGUUCUCUGUGGCUGAGGCCAGCAAGAACGAGACGGGCGGAGGAGAGGGCAUCGAGGUGCUGAAGAAUGAACCUUACGAGAAGGACGGGGAGAAGGGCCAAUACACGCAUAAAAUCUACCAUCUAAAGAGUAAAGUCCCAGGCUACGUGAAGAUGAUUGCACCAGAGGGAGCGUUAGUUUUCCAUGAAAAGGCUUGGAACGCCUACCCGUACUGUCGCACCAUUGUGACGAAUGAGUACAUGAAGGACGACUUUAUGAUAAAGAUCGAGACGUGGCACAAACCGGACAUGGGAACAAUAGAAAAUGUCCACGACCUGGACGAGCAGACGUGGAGGACCGUGGAGGUGUCGCCCAUCGACAUCGCCAGCAGAGAGGAAGUCACCCACGGCGACUACAAGCCAGAAGAAGACCCCGCUCUCUUCCACUCCGCCAAGACGGGCAGAGGACCCCUCGGCCCCGACUGGAAGAACGAGCUGAAGACAGACUGUCCCUACAUGUGUGCCUACAAACUGGUCACGGUCAAGUUCAGAUGGUGGGGUCUGCAGACCAAAGUGGAGAACUUCAUCCACACGCAAGAACGCCGUAUUUUCACCAACUUCCACCGCCAGCUGUUCUGCUGGAUCGACCGAUGGGUGGGUUUGACCAUGGAGGACAUCAGGCGGAUGGAGGAGGAGACUCAAAAAGAGCUCGAGGAGAUGCGACAGAAGGGAGACGUGCGAGGCACCUCUGCGACAGACGUGUAGAGGCCCGUCGCUGUAGGUCAAAAACACUAGAGGCAGGCUGACUGCGUAAUACAGGUCCGAUUCGAGGCACCAGUGCUGCUCAUGAGCAAUGAGGCAAAUCAACCAAACCCCGUCACGAUGAUGUCAUCAGAGACACGUCCACCACGAUGAUGAGGAGGAGGCCCCGACGUUGCGUCUUCUCCUCCCCGUCUCACAUGAUUCAUUGGGGGGUUUGAUGAUGAAGAUUGGUUUAACAGUACUGUACAGAUUCUACCCCGAUCACAAGCCUCCUGUUCACAACAGAAAACAUGGUUUUUGUAUAUAUAUAUAAAUAUAUAUAUAUAUAUAUAUAUAUAUAUAUAUAUAUAUAUAUA